AUGCAGGCGUAUAAAGGCAGAGCUGGGUCUUCCCCCAGGGCUCAGUCUGGGACAGCCCCGGCAGCUUUUGGCUGCCAUAUGGAAGAUCACGCCAAGCACGUCCAGUCCAUCCCGCUCCCGGCCAUGCAGCAGAACUUGAACUACAUGUACCCCCAGAUCUUUUGGGUGGACGGCUGUGCCAACACAAGUACUUCCUGCCCCCCGGCAUCCCCCGUCGCUCCUUUCCCACCACCACCACCACCACCGGUACCCGACCGGAGGAGAAAGCCAAGGAACAACAGGGAAAGGAGGAGCGUCGGCUUCCUGGUGGUCUCCUUGCUGAUCCUGCUGGCCCUCACUGGAGUGGGGCUGAGCAUGUUUCAGAUUUUCCACCUGGAGAAGGAACUGGCUGAACUCAGAGAGUCUGCCAGCACUGAACACAUCCCUCCAGCUUUGGAGAAACUCAUAGGGCAGAAGGAGCAGUCCAUGAAAAAGGAAGCGAGGAAGGCAGCACACUUAACAGGGAACCCUGCCCAGCGGGACCUCCCUCUGGAGUGGGAACCCAUCUCUGGCCAUGCCUUCACCAACGGCGUUCAGUACCGCGAUCAGGGCCUCGUCAUCAAUGAGACCGGCCUGUACUUCGUGUACUCCAAUGUGCUCUUCCGGGGCAGUGUCUGCAGCAGCCAGGUGUUGACCCACAUCGUCUACAAGAAAAACCCGGCCAUGCCGGGCAGCCAUGUGCUGAUGGAGGACAAAGGCAUCAACUACUGUACAAGUCAGAAAACAUGGGCCCGGAAAAGUUACCUGGGGGCUUUAUUCAAGCUCAGGAUGAUGGACAGUUUGCACGUCAAUGUCUCCAAAAUCGCUCUGGUUAAUUUUGAGGAAUCCAAGACAUUCUUUGGCUUAUUUAAGCUUUAA